AAAAGAAAACCGAUAUAGUGAUCUCUUCCAACAGGAUUUCUUGUUCAUCCUUAGGAAAUAAUAUUUAGGAGGUAGAUUUUGAACCUGGAUACGCAAAUCACGCUUAACUUCACCUGUAUUCAGUGUAUCUUUGCAGAAUAACGGCGUUUUUAAGGCGUCGAGGUGUAUGUGUAUGUGUGUGUCUUGGUGAUGUUUUUCUGUCACACUUGCCGUUAUCCUACAAUACCCCACAGUAUACCUUUCUUGCCAACUGGGGAUGAAGGAUAACGAUGGCAUUGAUUCGCCCCGUACCAUAGUAAUGAUCAUGGUUUUUUCGUAUGCUUAAUUCCUUAUUUCGAAAUAAGCAAUUCCGUCUGUGACUACUGUUUCUGGUGUCUCGGUUUUUAUUAGCAUUUUCAAGAUUUAUGACAAUCCAAUGCUCAUUUCGCAAGGGACUAUGCUUCCGCUUCUGAGAACAACAUUUAAUGCAACAUAUUCUGCGCUUGGUCGACGACAUUAUACCGAAAAAAAGUUGUCAAGAGUUAUUUUAGCUUAUUUAGAAGAACAUGGAAAACCAAACGACGACACAUUCAAUAGACAUGUUUAUGGUAGGAAACCCAGAAAAAGAGAGGAAGCCGAGUUUGUCGAAGCAGUAAAAGCCGGUGUAUUCGAGCCGACACCAAAGAAACCUGUUCCUUGGACAGAAGAAGAGAAAAAAAGAUUACUGGAAUGUGUCAAGCUGUAUGGAAAAAAGUGGAGAAAGAUUGUUGAAUUUUUUCCAGGACGAACGAGCAGAGUAAUAUCAGCAUACUAUCAUAAUAUUAAAAUGAAUUCAUCCGAAGGGUUGACAGAUGAAGAUAAGGAAAUAAUACUUCGGUGGUAUAAGGAGCGUAGUGCUAAAGGAGAACGAAUCAACUGGAUUGAUUUAAAACGCAAUCUACCAAUACCAAAGCCAAUGAAGUACAUCAAGGACUAUAUAUAUGGAUUAGAACGUCCGUUUACAAAUAGGAGAUGGACAGAAGAAGAAUUUCAGAAAUUACGAGAGUUAGUGUUAGAAUACAAAAAAGAUUGGGAUCAGAUAACAGCGAAAAUGGAUCAUCGAACAGAACAACAAUGUCGGAUGAAAUGGCAUUAUGAGAGUUUGAAGAGAGGAAGUGGGAUUUAUGAAUAUCCUGACAACAAGGACCAUACAUCGUCAUAAAAAGCAG